AUGAAUGGAAGGUCAUGCAGCAUGAGUCUCCACCGGACAUCAGGAACCCCACAGGGGCCCGGGAUGGUCAGUGGCCAACACAUUCCUCCCAUCCGAGCCCACUCUGGGACUCCUGGUCCCUCGUCCUGUGGCAGCACAGCGAGCCCUGCCCUUGGAAGCCUUGCUAACAGCCUCCAUCUCAAGAUGCCCUCAGGAGGAGGGACGGCUCCUCAGAGCAACAUGGCCGAGAGCCCCCUCCAUCUGCCUGCCUUGAGCCCCAGGAGACAAGUGCUCACCAAUGGGAAGCCACGAUUCCAGGUCACCCAGGCUGGAGGCAUGUCAGGGCCACACACUUUAAAGCCAAAGCAGCAGGAGUUUGGAAGUCCUUUUCCUCCAAAUCCUGGGAAAGGGGCUCUUGGCUUUGGGCCUCAGUGCAAGUCCAUUGGAAAAGGCAGCUGCCACAAUCUAGUGGUCACCAGCAGUCCCAUGAUGGUUCAGCGACUGGGACCCAGUUCACCUCCAGCAAGCCAGGUCUCUACAGCAUGCCACCAGAUCAGUCCUAGCUUACAGAGGGCAAUGAAUGCUGCCAGCCUGCAUAUACCUCCUUCAGAUACCAGGUCCCUCAUUUCUCGUGAGUCUUUAGCGUCCACGACUUUGAGUCUGACAGAAAGUCAGUCAGCCUUGAGUGUGAAGCAAGAGUGGUCUCAUGGCUACAGGGCUCUCCCGUCGCUGUCCUCCAGCCACAGCUCCCAGAACGGCAUUGAUCUAGGGGACCUCAUUAGCCUUCCUCCUGGGACAGCCAUGUCCAGCAAUAGCAUCUCUAACUCAUUGCCGUCCUACCUUUUCAGCAUGGAAACCAGCCAUUCUCCUUACCCUAGUCCCCGGCACUCAUCGGCCAGGUCCCACUCAGCCCGCUCCAAGAAGAGAGCGCUGUCUUUGUCCCCACUGUCCGAUGGCAUUGGGAUAGACUUCAAUACCAUCAUCCGCACGUCGCCCACGUCAUUGGUUGCCUACAUCAACGGGUCGAGGGCCUCCCCGGCCAACAUGUCCCCCCAGCCCGAGGUCUAUGGACACUUCCUGGGGGUGCGUGGUAGCUGCAUCCCCCAGCCGUGCUCGGUGCCAAGCAGCCAGAAGGGCGUGCGGGUGGCCAGCGGUGGCCUGGCUCUCCCGGCCUACGAUGAGGACAGUGUGCUGGAGUAUGAGCGCAUGCAGCAGCUGGAGCACGGAGGCCUCCAGCCAGGGCUGGUCAACAACAUGGUGGUGCAGCACGGCCUGCCCAACCCCGACAGCCAGCCAGGGGGCCUGCUGAAGACGGAGCGCCUGGAUGAUUUCCCGGGCGGCGCCCUGGAUCUGCCCCAUGAACCCCCUCUGCCUCCUCUGCCCCCACCUCCCCAGGGCCCGCCGCCCCCCUACCACUCUCACCCCCAUCUGCACCACCAGGAGCUGGUAGCCCGUGGCCAGCCGCUGGCCCUUCCCCAGGCUGCCUUGGAGGAAGACGGGGAGAUGGAGGACAUUGGGGGCAAACACUGCUGUCGCUGGAUCGAUUGCAGAGCCUUGUACGACCAGCAGGAGGAACUGGUGCGGCACAUCGAGAAGGUUCACAUAGACCAGCGCAAAGGUGAAGACUUCACUUGCUUCUGGGCCGGCUGUCCUCGAAGGUACAAGCCGUUCAACGCCCGGUAUAAACUGCUCAUCCACAUGCGGGUCCACUCCGGAGAGAAGCCCAACAAGUGCACGUUUGAAGGUUGCAAGAAGGCCUUUUCCAGGCUUGAGAAUCUCAAGAUUCACUUGCGGAGCCACACAGGCGAGAAGCCGUAUCUCUGCCAGCACCCGGGCUGUCAGAAGGCCUUCAGUAACUCCAGCGACCGUGCCAAGCACCAGAGGACGCAUCUGGACACUAAACCUUAUGCUUGUCAAAUUCCAGGAUGCACCAAACGCUAUACAGACCCCAGUUCCCUCCGAAAGCAUGUGAAGGCGCAUUCUUCCAAAGAUCAACAAGCAAGGAAAAAGUUGCGGUCCAGCGCAGAACUCCAUCCCGACCUGCUCUCGGACUGCCUCACCGUGCAGCCCCUGCAGUCGGCCCCCUCCCCGCACGACACUGCUGCUGAUGGGGCGGUGGGAUGCUCCCCCGGGCCGGGGCCUGACCUCUAUCCAGCCUCCAUCUUCUCCAGCCGCCAUUCCAGCCGGAGCGCAGCAGCUGCUGGGGCUGUGCCCCCCCCUCACGCCGGCGGCCACCCUUCUCCGGGACAGAAUGUGCAGGGGAGCCCCCACAACCCCGCCUCCCAGUUACCCCCGCUCGCAGCUGUGGACGCGGGGGCCGAGAGGUUUGCACCUUCUGCCUCAUCUCCUCACCACAUCAGCCCCCGGAGAGUUCCAGCUCCUUCUUCAGUGAUGCAGAGAACGCAGCCUCCCCACACCCGGCAGCCAGCCGGUGGGCCACACCUGAAGUCUUACCAGCCGGAAACAAACUCUUCCUUUCAACCAAAUGGAAUCCACGUCCAUGGAUUUUACGGGCAGCUGCAGACAUCCUGCCCCCCCCAGUACCCCGACUCCCAGAGAACCGUGCUGCCCAGCAGCCCCUGCGGUGGGGCGCCUUCCUUCGAGGACUGCCUGGCCCCCACGCCCAUGGGGCAGGCUGGCUUUGAUGUGUUCCACAGAGCCUUCUCCGCUCACUCGGGCAUUGCAGUGUAUGACCUGCCCUCGGCGUCCUCGAGCCUCUUCGGAGAGUCCCUUCGCAGCGGGCCUGAAGACGCCACGUUCCUGCAGAUCAGCGCCGUGGACCGCUGUCCUAGCCAGCUCUCCUCUGUCUAUACUGAAGGCUAA